UCAAAUUCAGUAAUGUCUACAAAUACAGCAGAGCUGUAUUCUUUUUGUUCGAGUGAUUUUUGUAGUAACUGUGUGACCCUUGCGAGUUGGUGUUCAGUGCUGUGGUUUUUACGAAAGCCAAAUUGAUGGUUUGGAAUUGCUUUGCGAAAAGUUGAAUACAAAUUAUAUUGUUCACACCAAAGAUUAAAAAGGGCAACGUUACAAGGUCAAGGACAAUAUCCAAACUAUUCACACGAAAUACGUUUUGGAUGGCAAAGCAACGAUUGCUUUCAAGAAGCCCUCACUGAAUCUGUUGAUUAAAUGUGAUCCCAUUCAGCUGAAGGGAUUCCUGCAGACGCUUAAACUGGGUAUGGAAGGCAAGGAUGUCAUCAAUUUGAGACUAAAUACAGUCACUGCCAUGGCACAAAAAUCAAAGUUACAGACGAAAAUGGCUAUAAAUCGUCACAGUGACUAUCCCAUCAAGGUCUUUCCUCGAUAUCUACAAUCCCUAACAAUAGACAAUACGCAAUUGGUUAAAUUGAGCUAUCAUAUAUGCUCCUUACGGAAUCUAACCCACCUGGAUGUAUCCAACAAUAAGUUGCGUAAGUUACCUGUUGAACUGGGGAGAUUACACUUGAGCAAGCUCGUCCUCCAUGACAAUAAUCUGGAUGAAAUGGACGAUUGGUCAUUUCUAAAUGGCAGCAAAUUACGAGACUCCCUGCGCGAAUUGGAUUUAUCGGCCAACGAUUUGACAUGUUUGCCUUUGCCUGUGGUCAAGUGCCACAAAUUGGUUAACUUGAAUCUCAAUUACAAUAAUUUGACUCAUCUACCCUUUGCCAUACGUCGCCUGAGAAGAUUACGCUCGCUUUACGUGUCGGAAAACAAAUUAAAAUCCCUGCCAGCUGCCAUAGAUGAUUUACGUAUUGAAAUCUUGGAUGUUUGGCGUAAUUCAUUCAAGGGUCUCAAUGUCUUGGAGGCUCAUCGCCUGGCCUUUGCUUCCGAUGCGGACGGAGCUUCAACUCAUUCGCCUGAACCUCUCUGGCUUCAAGCUGUGGCCUAAUAUGAACUGCCAAUCGAUUCCCUGCCAGCCUUACUCAUUAAACUAAUUGCCGAGGCACCAAAAUGUACCUGUGGCAAAUUGUGCGAUGCUUUAGACAAGAAGCACAUUAUCGAACGUGUUGGUCAACCGAAAUUUGUAAAUAUUAAAAAUCUUACCUAUAGUCGAGAGCAUAUGAUCUAUUCUGAUGUUGUCAUAUGUGGCAACAAUUGUAGUAUAAGCAACCAAUGUAAGAACCUUUUCUCAGCUCUGAUAUUAGCCUAUUAU